CACUAGCACCGUGUGUGUAGGCACUAAGCGUGUUCUGUACGCUAACCAUUUACGUAACAACGAGGAGCGGGUAUUCUUAGCCGCCGGUACAACGAGGAUCCGGGAGCAGAGUAUUUGACAUACAUGCUGUCGAGUGGACACUCGGAACAUUGAAGGAGACUAUAGGUGUGCCCCAUGUGAUAUUACACCCGGGGGUGCGGCGUGGGGAUAUGGACCACAAUACGAGGACCAACACCUGUCCAGAAAACAAUGCAUCAUGGCUAUCAAGAAUCUUCUUUACAUGGCCAAGCAGCCUGCUAGAACUUGGCAGUAAGAAGAUUCUGAGCAGUGAGGAUAUCCCUGACCUGUGUCCACCCUGCACGUGCAAUACCAACUACCCCCGGUUUCAGAAGGAAUGGGAGAAAGAGCUCCACGCUGCCAGGUAUUAUGACGUCGUGAACACUACUCACGUCUCCAACGGCCACGUCUACCACGAAAAAUCCCCACCCGACAACGGACCCCGAUCCUCUUCUCAACACACCGCGUCGCUUGCAUGGGCUUUACUGAGAACGUUCAGAUGGAGGUUCUCCGUCAUCCAGUGCCUUCACUUGCUCUGCUUCUCCUUGCUGUGGAUAGCCCCCAUACAUCUCAGGACAUUGAUCUCCUACGUAGAGAAGCCUUGGGGAGGAGUGUGGCAAGGUGGCGUCCUGGUGGCCUCUCUGUUCCUCACUCAGGUCCUGGACAGUAUCUUCUACCAACAGUUUAUCUACAUGAGGAACAAGCUAGAACUUUCAACGCAGAAUGUACUAAUGGCAGCCAUAUUUAAAAAGUCUCUACAGCUGUCUUCCUCGGGAAGGAAGAAUUACCCAGUAGGAAAGAUGUUGACUCUUAUUUCCACGGACGCUGCUGAGGCUGGCCUCGCCUUCAACAACGUCUCCUUUUCCUUCCUCAGCCCUCUCAACAUCGUAGUAGUGUUUGUGCAGCUCUUCCUCCUCCUGGGCCCCGCAUCUGCACUGUCCCUAUUCGGGAGUCUUGUUCUCGUCAUCACCCACAUCCAGAUAGCUGGAGCAAUGCAGAAGCUCCUUAAAAGUCGAAUGGAGAAACAGGAUAGCCGUAUGAAGCUGCUGACAGAGGUGCUGACUGGUAUAAAGGCGAUAAAGCUGCAUGCGUGGGAGGUAUGUUUCGGAGGUCGGGUGACACAUAGGAGGGACAAGGAGCUGGAGGUUUUGUCGGAUGUGUUUCUGUUAAAGAUUCCCUUACUGCUCUCAACUACAGUAGCUCCGUUCAUGGUAUCGGCUCUGACACUGGCUGUGUAUGUGUUCUGGUAUGAAGACGUCCAUCUAAAUGCCGCCAUCAUCUUCUCCACCGUCUCACUACUAAAGAUACUCCGCCGAGGGUUGAACAUGACGCCUGACUUCUUUCAUGACCUUGCAAGGCUUCAAACUCAUGUAGGUAGGAUACAACAGUUUCUCCUGGAGGAUGAACAACCUCAGCAUCCCACUGACCACAAGACAUAUACAGAUUUUGCCAUUCAAAUAAAAGGAGGGACAUUUUCAUGGGACAAAGCAAUACCACCAGUCUUAAAAGACAUUUCAGUGUGUGUGUCGAGAGGAGGCCUCGUGGCGGUUGUUGGACAGGUUGGGGAGGGGAAGUCGUCGCUGAUAAACGCCAUUCUCAGGGAAAUGGUCGUCAUUGAAGGCACUACAGACGUGCAGGGCAGUAUUGCGUAUGUCCCCCAACAAGCCUGGAUUCAGAACGACACCUUGCAGCAGAACAUCCUGUUCGGAGCCCCCUUCGACAAAAAACGUUAUUACGCUGUUCUGGACGCAUGCGCACUUGGACCUGAUCUUGAAUUACUCCCUGGAGGGGAUCAGACAGAAAUCGGAGAGAAGGGCAUCAACUUGAGUGGAGGACAGAAGCAGAGAGUGUCUCUAGCCAGAGCUGUCUACAACGAUGCUGACAUCUAUCUCUUUGAUGAUCCUCUCAGUGCUGUGGACAGCCAUGUUGGAAAACACAUCUUUGACAAUGUCAUUAGUAACAAAGGACGACUAAGUGACAAAACACGUGUCCUGGUGACCCACAACGUGUCUGUGCUGUCCAGAGUGGACACGAUCCUGGUCAUCAGCAACAAGUGUGUCCAGGAGCGGGGAUCCUAUGAGGAACUCAUGUCCAGAAACAGUGUCCUGAAGCAGGUGGUGUCCUCCUCACCUGUCGCAGAUAUUGAUCCAAAAUCGUGGGACACUGAAAAUAAGCCGACAGAUGAGAAGCGUGUUCUUGCUUCCAACAAAACUAACUCUGAACAGAAGGAGCUGAUGAGGAUGAACGUAUUCUCCAAGUUCCUGGACGCCUUUGGUUCCACCCAUUGGUUGCUGAUAGGCGGGAGCUACUUCUUGUAUUACGUCACAGUAACUUUGGCCAACAUCUGGCUGAGUGUUUGGGCGGAGGGUACGGGUAGCCACUACUCAGGUGAACACCAUAACUCAACCAUACACCCGACACAGGGGCAUCAGCCGUCCAACGCCUGGUACAUAGCCAUCUACUUUGCGCUAGGCAUACUGCAAGCGAGACUUCUCAGGGGAGUAGAGCUGAUCAGGGCCUUCAAUGAUCAGGAGAGAUUUGCAACUCGCUUUGUCCGACUGGCUGAGACGCACAUGAAGUUUAACUACUACAACUUUAUAUCAAACAGAUGGCUGAGCAUGCGCCUUAGCUUCGCUUGCCACGUGAUCCUUGCAUCCACAGCGCUGUUGAUCUUCCUGGAAGGGGAUGCUGUCAGCAGUGGCGUGAUGGGGCUUGCUUUGUCCUUUGCAUAUGAGACAAGCAAUGAUCUCCGGAUGUUUAUCAUUAGAAGCACAAAACUUGAUCUCAUGAGUGUCUCCGUUGAAAAGAUAAUGGAAUACGUUGCCAUGGAAACAGAGGUAGACUGCUUCGACAGGGCUGAAAGCGUCCCUCCAGCAUGGCCGGAUAAGGGAGUUAUCCGAUACCGGAACUUUUCCCUGAGGUACCGCCCUGGAUUACAACUAGCGCUGCAGGACAUAAAUUUGUUAGUCAAACCAGGAGAGAAGGUGGGAGUUGUGGGUAGGACAGGGGCAGGCAAAUCUUCGAUGAUGCUCUCCCUUUUCCGUCUCAUCGAUCCCGUAGAGGGGGCCAUCAUCAUUGACGACAUAAACAUCGCCGAUGUCCGGCUCUCCGAGGUCAGGUCAAGGUUGACCAUAAUUCCACAGGAUCCGACGCUAUUUUCGGAAACACUACGCGUGAACCUUGACCCAGUCGAGGCUUACGAUGACCAGGAGAUAUGGACUGCCUUAAGACACGCCCAUCUUCACACACUGGUCAGUUCUCUACCUGGUCAGCUUCUCUACAAAUGCCAGGAGGGGGGCAAGAACUUCAGUAUUGGGCAGAGACAGCUUCUCUGCCUUGCAAGGACUCUUCUACGAAAAUCCAAAAUUUUGGUACUGGACGAGGCUACAGCAGCCGUUGACAUGGAAACCGAUGACCUGAUCCAGCAGACCAUCAGGUCAGAGUUCAAGGACUGCACGGUGCUGACCAUCGCCCACAGACUCAACACCGUUAUGGACUACGACAGAAUAUUGGUGCUAAACAAAGGGAUUGUCGAGGCUUAUGACACCCCAGAGAGACUACUACAGGACACCAAAGGAAUUUUUUAUGCCCUCGCAAGACACGCUGGCAUAGUUUGAUUACAGAUGCAGCUAGGAUUCUCACUAGUCACCAGCUUGCAUUUCCAAGAGUUUCUCAUAGUAUUGUACACUUGUGAGAUUUGAACAGUUGUAUUAAUUCUAACCUGAAAAUCGUAAAUCCAAAUUUUGCCAAUAGUUAUUUAACGUU